CUCCAACUGAAUUAGCACAAGCCAUAUUCCUUUCCAUCUUUUAUCAGACCUCUACUCUCUUCUUCUUCUGUUGCAUCAUCUUCUAAUUAAUUACUCUAACAUGGCUGGUUUAGCUAAUUUUAUGGCGAUUCUCGGAGUUGUUUUGCUACUUCAAGUUAAUAUUCAAUCUGCAACGGCUUUAGAUCGUGACGAUCUUGCUCCUGCUCUAGCACCCUUCUUGGAUGAACUGUGCAAGGAAGUAGUAUGUGGGAAGGGAACAUGUAAAGCAUCUCUAGAUUACAAGUUCAAUUAUGAAUGCGAGUGCGAAGAUGGAUGGAAGCGUUCACGUGCUGAUAACGAAGAAGACCUUAAGUUCCUCCCUUGUGUCAUCCCCAAUUGUACCCUUGACUACUCUUGCACUGCUUCCCCUCCUCCAGUUGCUCCCAUCAAUGAAGCUCCAAGGAACGAAUCUGUCUUUGACCCUUGUUAUUACGCGUACUGUGGCGAAGGAACUUGUGUUAAAUCAAUGAAGUAUGGGCAUAGAUGUGAAUGCAACCCAGGUUUCAACAAUCUUCUUAACAUCACUGCUUUCCCCUGUUACAAUGAAUGUGUCAUUGGAAACGAUUGUGCAAGCCUAGGAAUUACCUCAUCCAAGGACACAUCUUCAUCAACUGGCUCUAAAAGUGGUGACAAUUCAAACGAUGCAAGCUCAAGUCGAUCGGGGAGCUUAGUCUGGUUGACAGCAUUGAUAAUGUUCGUUGCCAUGAUUCCACGAGCAUAGAGUGACGCUUAUGGGCACACUUGAGAUACCGAGAUUGCAGAUGGUAUAGGCUUAAUUCACGAUAUUUCAGAUAUAUGUAUAUUUGUUAUUACUAUCCAUAGUUAGUCUCUGAAUAAACCGACUUUUCCAGUCGAUGAUAGUUGCAUUUGUUAUGUCCGUAUGUAAAUUUACAGAGAUUGUUGAAGUAACUUAUAUACUGUUAUUAGCAGUUAUAUUUUAUAAUUGGAGGCAUUUUUGUUGUCAGUUUGACUGUCAAAUAGAAAACCUUCAAUA